GAAACGUGCCUCGGCAACUUUCGGAUCUGCUGGGGCAAAGCGGAGAACAUAAGCUGACGGCGACGAGCUCAACGACGCGAUCUCUGGCUUGGCUACGUUAUCUGACAUUCUCGUAUCUGUUGAUUCUCCUGCAUAUUAGAGUUCGUUUGCGCGCAGAAACAUUUGCAUCUUCUCACGCCAACAAUUGCGCGUCGAACAUUACGUCAUCAUGUCUAAAGGCUACGAAAUCAUCGCCAUCCUCAAGCCCAAGCCUGGCAACCAAGACAGGGUGGAGGAACUACUCAAUAUCGCAGCUCAGGAAGUAAAAGCCACUGAACCCGGCACCACACGGUAUCACCUACAGCGCGAAACCAAGGGCGACGCGCCGAACUUUGUCAUCUUCGAAACAUAUGCGGACAAAGAUGCUCUGAUGUUUCACGCCAAGAGCGAAGGACUGAAGAAGCUCCAAACGGCGGUCAAUGGGGAAGACCUACUUAGGGAGCCGAUGACGGUUAUGAUCGUUAAGGAUGUAGGCGGUUUCAAGAGCAAAUUGUAGGCUGGAUGGGAAGAAAACAUAUUAGACAAUAAUGAAGGAAGCGACUACAUCACCAACCCUACGAAAUGAGAGUGUG